UGUUUCAUUCAUAAAAUUCCACAGGUGUCGAAUUACACACAUGACGUCAUCCCAUCAGCAUGAAUGAAAAAGGGAAGCUGAGAAUUUUAACCGGAAGUUGUAAUGAGUAAAUAAGAUUUUUUUUGUAAACAAGUGAAACGUCUUAAGAUUUAACUAAAAUGUUAUUUUGUCGUUAUUUAACAAAUGAAGAUGUUUUGAUAUGAAGAUUUGUGGGUGCUAUCCUAGAAUGAAGAUGAAUGACUGGUAAAAGAUUAUGCAUGUGAUGGAAGGUACCAUGAUUUAAACAAUGGGACAUGUACACUCAAAAAAGAAAAGACACAAGUACAACAAAGAACUAGCCGAUUAUAUCAAUAGAAAUGUGCCUGACUACCAUGACAACCAACACACAGUAGAUCCUGUUGACAUUGAUCGGAUAUCUCAUUAUAGUGAACCUUUUCUACAGAGUUCAUCGACCAUUCAACAAAACAGUACAAAAAAGUGGUUGACAAUGCCUAUUACCCAUGAUUCUCGAGAAGGAUCACCGCUACUUAAAGCUGCACAUAUUUCAUACAAAGACAUUAAAGUUGAUGACCAUCCCGCACUUACGAAACUGCAGAACGAACAAAAUACCCGUCUGGAAAAAAUGGAGGAAAGAAUGAACCAGAUUCGACUGCAUGCUAUGCAAGAAGCAGACAGACGCAAAUAUGCAUAUUUAUUUAGAGCAAAAUCUCGACAAAGUCCAACUAAAGACUUGAUAAAAGUACGAAAGUGUCAGACAGACAAUUAUUUAUUGAAAACACGACAAAGUCCUACAAAUGACCUCUUACUGAAAGCCAAAGAUAAAAUAAUACUAAAUUCUAUAAAUAUCUGUGAUGAAAAAGAUAAUCAAAAUCUUCAGUCCAGCAUUGAUGACAAAGGGGAGGUAAUCCCUGUCACUGUUGUGACCGAAACCAAGAAAUCCACGACAGGAAUUGAGAAGUCCAAAAAGCAACAGAUAGUACCUGCAUUUGAUACUAUUAAUCUAAGUGAUCCAAAGUCUGUUUUACUCCUGCCAUUUUUGUUGCCUAUAUUUUUACUGUUAUUCAUGGUUAGAAGUUUUGCACAGUCAGAAAAAUGGAAGAAAGACAAAUCCAAAUAAAACUAAGGGCAGAUAAUUCUGUAAAUUCAGAAAUUACUAAGUUUUGAUAAAUGGAAAUUCAUUUAUAUUGGUGGACAUUAACUUUUAUAAACAGGAUUAAAACAAUAUUGUUUUGGAAACUUGAUAUUUUGGUUUUGACAAGAUGUACAUACAUGUACAAGCCAAUAGGAAUUUUGAAGUUUAUUCAACACUUAAAUUCAUGGUUCACCUUUUACACAGAAAUCCAUGAAAAUUGGUGCCUCACAAAAAAAAGAGAUCUACAGUAUAAGUUAUACAACAUGAAGAUAUUAAGUCAAAUUAUGCACAAAUCAAUUUUAAAAGUAAAAAGCACUUAUGGAUUUCAGAAAUUACAGUUCUUCAUUGACAAUAAUUUAAAGGCGGGUAUUUUAUUAGAAGCAAAAAAUGACAGACAAAAAUAGGGCAAACUAAAUUGGAAGAACAGAACAGCAUCUUGGUAAUGUGCAAUCGAUUUUGAUCACAGGUGCUUAAAUUUUUCAGUUUUUGUGUACAAACUUGUUGCAUAUAUGUCCUACGUUUAUUUUGGUAUAGUGCUUUAUUAUAUUAAUGCAUCAGUUUUUAGAUACAAUUUAAUUGUGAAUUUAUUGAAACAGUGUAAACAUGUACAGUGUUCUAGCUAGUCAAAAAUAAGGGGUUUAGUGCCCCUCAGUUCUUUUUGUGCCCCCUGACAUCCCUUUCUCUGUCCCUCUGCCCUAUGAGUUAAUGUUUUCUAAAAAUCAAUACUUUUCAAUGCAAAAAAUAUGUAUCGCUGGGAAAAUAGCUUUCUACAACACCAAAGUACUAUAAAACCUAUAAGAAAUACAUUAUUUUUUAAAAACCUUUAAAAAUGAUUUUGUGGCCCAUUUCAAACAAGAGGAGGCCCACUCCAGUCAUGCUUCAUUUCCCAAAAAUCGGCCCCCUCCUAAAUCAGCCUCUGUCCUGAGACUCCUCUGACCUUCAAUCCUAGCUACAACACAACUGUAUAUUUUAUCCAAGAUUGUGAUUUACACAUAUAUGUUGUAUGAUAUAAUUUAAUUUUAGUAAUCAUUUUUCAGGUGUACUAGUUUUCGCUUAUUUCGUGGUGUCUAUUUAAGAAUGUUUAGAAGGUCUAUAAAUGAAGCAUGUAAAGAAAUUACCUUAGAAGGUUUAAUAAAGCUGGUAUUGAAAGUACUCUAGAAGGUCUUAUAAUACAUUUUUAGAAGGUACCCUAGAUGGUAUAAUGAUGAAUCUUAUUCUAAAAAAAAAGAAAAGUUUCCAAAACUGGCACCAAGGAAAUAGAUAAUAUCAGGAAUGAAAAUUAGCAAAUUGACCUGCCACACUAUAUGACAAUUUAUUGAUUCAGAAGAAACAUGUUUUCAUUAUUUGUUAUUUGAAUUUGCCUAAAAUGUGUCAAUUUGAAUUUAUUUUGAAAAAUGGGCCGUCAAAGGUUACAUUGGGAAAUGGACUUAUAGUAUGUAUAACCAAUAACCAUAUUUGUAGCUCAAUAAGCCUCCCCCUUUUUCCACCUCAAUAGAAUGCUCAGAACAUGUCAGUUCUAGAUUUUUUCUGAAAUACAGCAAAAAAUGUUUGUAUUUAAAUGUCUUUUGAUUGGUUUGUAACCAUCUUAUUAAUUUUGUAUUAUAUUUGUUUCAAACACACCCAUUUAGGUUGCAGCAGCAUACAUGUACAAGUAAUUUAAAUAAAUUUAUAUACAAAUUUGGAAAAAACUUUUUCCAAUGGACCAAUAUAAUAUAUCCCAUGCGUGUAUUAAAUUGAAAGUUUUUACUUUUGCUAGAACUGACUUCAGCUCUCAAGGUCAUAACAAUAAAUGAAUAAUUUUAUUAAUUAUUAUAAGAAUUGUCGCAAAAGUGGGCUUGUUUUAUGCAAUUUUGUAUUUUUAUUGUAUUUAAAGACUAUAUAACUGUACAUUGUAUGUAUAGCCAUAAAGUCAUGUUUUUUUAUGGUCAGAAAGAUGUGCAAUAUUUUAUUUUGGAUAUACUCAGCAUUUUGUGCAAUUAACUUUACAUUUAUUGUGUGUUCAUACCUCAUUGUGUAUUUUGUGUAAUUUUAAAAGGAGUUGUUUUUAUAACCACACAGAAAGGCCACUCUUAAUAAAUUCUGUUUGGUGUUGCCCAUCCAUACCUUGAGGGGUGGGUCACAGAAAGGCCACUCUUAAUAAAUUCUGUUUGGUGUUGCCCAUCCAUACCUUGUAGGGUGGGUCACAGAAAGGCCACUCUUAAUAAAUUCUGUUUGGUGUUGCCCAUCCAUACGUUGUAGGGUGGGUCACAGAAAGGCCACUCUUAACUAAUUCUGUGUUUGAUGUUGCCCAUAUGCAUCCAUACGUUGUAGGGUGGGUAGGUUGGUAGGGUUAAUUUGCCAAAGAUGAGUAAAGUGUUUUAGACAAAAAACAAUCGUUGGAGCACUAAAAUGACAAAUUGUCAUCAAAAUAUUUUGAGUAGGCUGCUGCUAUUGUCUGUUAAGAUUGGUAGGUAGGCAACAUUGAACAAUUUGAAUUUUAUUUUUGGCCCGACUCUUAAGGAAUAGACUAUUUUCAUAUUAAUGACUUUUGAAACUAUUAUUGACUUAUUAUCCUCCAUUGGUGUCUCUGUGGUAGGAUAUUCUGGUUUUUAGUCGAGUAAGAUUAUUUUGUUGAAAAUAGAAAAUUGAAACUGCUUAUGUUCAUCACACACCAAAUGUAAGCUUUAUUUUACUUCUAUGAGGCUCCCCAUACUGUGGCUAGAUCAUGAUUAAUUUAUUAAAUUAUUUUCAUUUUGUAGGUAAAUUUUUUUGAAAUAUUUAACAAAAAUUUUCAAAUUAAAGUUUUGAGCCACUUUUAAAGUUCACUGUUUGUUUUCAUCAUAAGAAAUUUGACAUAAUGUUGUACAAAAUAUAUUAAAUACUCACAGUUAACUAUAUUAUUGCAUAGCAAAAUAAUAUUUCCCACAGAUAGUAACCAAAAGUUAGCGUGCAAUAAAUUCUAAUAUUGCACUAGUGCAAUAAAUCUUCAAAAUUCAUGACGUCAUCAACAACAAAAUCUUAGUUUAAUCCAAGUUUUACUUUCAAAUACUAUAUUGGUAUGCAAUAAAAGGGUUAUUGCAUGAAUAUUGGGGGAAAUUCAUGCAAUUACCCUAUGAUAUUGCAAAUUUUAGUAAAAAUUUAAAUACCAUCUAACUAGGAAAAGAUAAAGGACUUUUUCAAAAUGACAAACAGUGAGAAAGGACCUACCUCGCGAAUUUCAGUUGUUUGCCGUUUCUUUUAUAUUUUUAUCGUUCACUUUUUGGUUUUAAGCAGGAAAUUAAUUUUUGAAAUGCACAAUUGAUACAUUAGAAAUUUCACCCCUCACACAUUUUAAAAUCACAAAUUAAUUAUUUGAUAGAUUUUUCCAAGUUCUGACACCUUAUUAAUGUGAACAUCAAUAUUGCUGUGUAAAUUAGAAUCUCAUCAAUGUGUACAAUGUAUUUUCAUAUAAUUUAAUUUUGGAUGUAACACGUCUUCUGAUUGGCUGACGUUAUUUUGUUAUGAGCCCAUAGACAUAAUUUAGUCAUGUGAACGUGACGUCAUCAACGUUUUUUCAUGGUUUUCUACGGUUUAAAAUGGAAUUUAGAAUUAAAUUAUAAGAAAUGACUGUAAUAUUUUUUCUGUCUUUUCAAAAUAACAUAAAAAAUGUGGUGCACACUGUUAAAUAACCCGCAACACGCGUUAUUCAGUGUGCACCACAUUUUUUAUGAUAUUUCUUCAUAGACAGAAAAAAUAUUACUGUCAUUUCUUAAAUGUGUUCUAAAAUGUCAUAACAUUAUAGGUAUGAUAAGUGUGUUCAUGAUUUUUUUUAAUUGAUUUUUCUGGUCUACUCUAUAGUUAAAACUAAAAUUAUGGGGGAUCGAUCUCUUUGGAAAACAAAUGUUUUACCAUAUUAUCUUUCAGAAAUGUUGGUACAACACACUUAAUCCACAUUUGAAAAGAAAGUAUAAAAAGAAAAAUACUGCACUCCAAGGCAAAUGCAAAAAGGGGAAGUCCUAAAAUUAUUAACAUGUAUUUCAAAGUAAAAACAUGAUUUAUAUACAACUUAAGCAAUAUAUGUAUCAUUUCUUCGUUUAUAAAUAUGUUAUAAUAAAUAUGACACUAUAAGGACUUUUGGGUAGGUUGUUUACUUUUGAGAAAAAAUGUGAAAGUCACAAAACUCUAUUCACAAUAUAUUAUUUAUUGUGAGUACUAAUCCACCUAUUACAUACACUUCAUAUUGGUUAUGGUAAUUUUACCAGUGCAUGAUGGAAGUUAUCAUAAAGAAGUCAAAAUGUCGUCCUCUUUAGAAUAUUAUGUGUUAGACUGUAUAUAUGAGGGUCUGGAGUGGUCUUUAUCUCUGUAUCUAAUUUUAAAGCUAUAUCCCCCCCCCUAAAUCUGCCUCUGCUCUCUUCAUUUUAAUUGCUCAUUAUUCUCUUCUCUGAAAUUGUUUGCUCACUUUUCUCUAUUAUAUAUAUCCCUUCCUCCCAUUAUUCUCUAUUUUGUAAAAGCCAUCCAGACCCUUAUGUUUCAUACAGGAUUAAAUAUUUUUAAAAAUGGUGGGGUAAAAAAUCCUUUUUAACUUACAAGUAUAUUGAAUAGAAAUCUUUUUGAAAUCCAAAUAUUUUUUUUUAGAAAUUCUCAAUUAAUUUUUAAUAACAUGUAAUAUGAACUUUUACUUAGGAAGAAAAUAUCUCACUUAUUUUAUUCAGCAAAUGUUCAGGAAGAGCAUUUCUUCUCCAUUUUACGGGAUAUCUUUUCAGUUGUGAAAAUUACAUGUAUUUUGUUUUCUUGUUUUGUAUUAUUAGGAAAAAUGGCACAUUGUAAUUAUAACGAUUUUUAUCUCCCUUUUAUUUCUUUACCUGUACUUUUAAGUGUAAAGUAAACUUUUUAAAUGUCAUUUAUUGCAUAACAGGGGUAUGUGCAUAUAGUUUAUAAUAAAAAUAUCCUAUAUUUUUAAAUCUA